AAAGAAAGUAACAAACUUGGUAGGAGAAAGACACUCAUCCGAACGAACGAACAAAAGCAGGGAAGAAGACACUUCUCUUUGGAGCCUGCCGCCUGGUGUGUUCAUCUAUCCUCUGAAGGACUGCGAAGAAACAAACUUCAGUGAUACUAAAUUGACUGACCGGCGAUUUGACAUGGCCCCGGCAACUAUUAUCUCGUCUUCUUCUCCUUUCUUCUCGCCGUCUCUUGGGAAUGUUUUCUCUGCAACCAACUCCAGGGCCGGGGCGGUGGGUUUCCUCGGUUUUGCGCCCAAAUUUCAGGCGCCAAACCCUCUUACUGCAACCACAACUUCCGUUUCUCUCUCAACCGUGAGGAAAAUCUCCAGGAGCUUACUCCAAGUGCGAUCAGUUGCUGCUCCAGUAGAAGAUGUGGCUGGAUUCGGUGAUAUGGUCUCUGGAACUCAAAGGAAGUACUACAUGCUUGGUGGUAAGGGAGGUGUAGGAAAAACUAGCUGUGCUGCCUCACUUGCUGUGAAAUUUGCGAACAGUGGGCAUCCUACUUUGGUCGUGUCAACGGAUCCAGCACAUUCCUUGAGUGAUUCUUUUGCUCAGGAUUUAACUGGGGGCACACUAGUACAGGUCGAGGGACCUGAUUACCCACUUUUUGCUCUUGAGCUGAAUCCAGAGAAAGCCAGGGAAGAAUUUCGUACCGCAUCUAAGCAGAAUGGUGGAACCGGUGUGAAAGAUUUUAUGGAAGACAUGGGUCUUGGAAUGCUUGUUGAACAGUUAGGAGAGUUGAAACUAGGAGAACUACUGGAUACACCUCCUCCUGGUUUGGAUGAAGCUAUUGCGAUUUCAAAAGUGAUACAAUUUCUUGAGUCAGAAGAAUACAACAUGUUUACUCGAAUAGUUUUUGAUACAGCACCAACGGGUCAUACUCUGCGGCUUCUCUCGUUGCCUGAUUUCCUAGAUGCGUCCAUUGGGAAGAUACUGAAGCUUAAACAAAAGAUAACUUCAGCUACAUCUGCAAUCAAAUCUGUUUUUGGAAAAGAAGAAAAGCGACCGGAUGCUGCUGAUAAGUUGGAGAAGCUGAGGGAAAGGAUGAUAAAAGUGCGUGAACUGUUUCGGGAUGUGGACUCCACUGAGUUUGUUAUAGUCACAAUUCCUACGGUAAUGGCAGUUAGUGAAUCAUCUAGAUUGCGUGCCUCCUUAGAGAAGGAGAAUGUACCCGUUAAAAGGCUUAUUGUAAAUCAACUUCUUCCACCAUCUGUCUCUGACUGCAAAUUUUGUGCAAUGAGAAGGAAGGAUCAGGCACGUGCUCUAGAUAUGAUCCAGGAUGAUCCAGAACUGUCUACCUUGAGAUUGAUCAAAGCUCCCCUGGUCGAUGUAGAGAUCAGAGGCGUUCCAGCCCUCAAAUUCAUCGGUGACAUCAUAUGGAAAUGAUCAUAAGCAAAGAGUCGGCCUCGAAUCGUACCAUGACCAACUUUGAAACAUCCACUGAUAGUAAGCAAUUGCAGGAAGAGCUGAAUGCUAUCGACACAGUCUGCAGAGACUUUGUAGAGCUCAUAUGAUGUUUUGAUGGUUUGAACUCUGAGUCAAUGUGUACGUAACACUUCAUGUAGAUAAUGUUCAAGUUUCAAGAUCUUUAGUUAGAUGUUUGAUCAUGAAAGCUCAAACAGGAUACAAUAGAGUAACUACCAUAUGGGUUUACACACAAUGUACAACAACUGAGGACUUGCUAUUGGAGAAGUUUUUUCCUGUCAUGUGUAAGCUCCUAUAGAUUUACAAAAAACCGUUUCUCUGUUGGGGAAAAGGAGAAGAAAUAAUUCACACCCGCUAAUUCUCUGCUAUCUAUAAAUCCUGAUAGAUAAU